GAGAGACUGGCUGCAAUGCGAUCGGACUCCCUGGUUCCAGGAACACAUACCCCUCCGAUCCGGAGGAGAAGCAAGUUUGCCACUCUAGGAAGACUUUUCAAGCCAUGGAAGUGGAGGAAGAAGAAGAGUGAGAAGUUCAAGCACACAUCCGCAGCACUUGAAAGAAAAAUAUCAAUGAGGCAAAGCAGAGAAGAGCUUAUCAAGAGAGGAGUGUUGAAGGAAAUUUUUGAUAAAGAUGCAGAGCUCCCCAUACAAAAUGAAGAAGGGUCGUUAGAGAAUGGGCAGGCUUUGAGUUCUAGCCAAGCUUCACUCCCAGCUCUUUCUGAAUUGGAGCCCUGUUCUGCAUCAGGGGAUUCCUGUACAUAUGAAGUACUCCCAACUCCAGAGAUCAUGGAUGGAACAGUGUCUGAAGAGAGCCCCACGUCCAGUGGAUCUGGAUCCCACCUAUCUCAAGAUCCUUCAUCUAAACCAGUCCUGCUACUUCCCCCUAAAAAAUCCGCUGCUUUCUCUGGAGACCGUGAGGACACCCCAGUGAAACAGCAAUCCCUCCUCAAACAGCCCCCUGCCCUGCCUCCUAAACCCAUUGCCCGGAUUGCCAACCACUUAGCUGAUCCUGGUGCUCCUGUGAAACUGCCUUGUAUGCCAGUCAAACUGUCGCCUCCGCUACCUCCAAAGAAAGUCAUGAUUUGCAUGCCUUUAGGGGGACCAGACCUCUCCCUCGCCUCCUAUUCUGCGCAGAAGAGCUCCCAGCAACCGUUGGCUUCCCAUCACCACACAGUCCUGCCAUCCCAGUUAGCAGCGCACCAGCAUCCAUAUGGCAGCCACAGCCCUCAUUUGCCUUCUGGAUCCAGCACAUUACCCAUUCACCCAUCCGGGUGUCGUAUGAUUGAGGAGUUGAAUAAGACACUGGCCAUGACUAUGCAGAGGCUAGAAAGCUCUGGUUUACACGGAGGUGACAGCGUCACCAAAACCGGACCUGGGGGCCUUCCGGACAUGAGACAAGUGCCAACUGUUGUGAUCGAAUGUGAUGACAAUAAAGAAAAUGUGCCUCAUGAAUCUGAAUAUGAAGAUUCUUCAUGCCUCUACACACGAGAAGAAGAGGAUGAGGAUGAGGAGGAGGAUGAUGACAGCUCCUUAUUUACAAGUUCCCUUGCAGUGAAGGUCUGCAGGAAAGAUUCUUUAGCCAUCAAACUUAGCAACAGGCCAUCCAAACGAGAAUUGGAGGAGAAGAACAUCCUCCCCAUGCAGACUGAUGAGGAAAGGCUGGAGCUGAGGCAGCAAAUUGGGACAAAGCUGACAAGGCGAUUGAGCCAGAGACCGACUGCUGAAGAAUUGGAGCAGAGGAACAUCCUCAAACCACGGAAUGAGCAAGAGGAGCAGGAAGAAAAACGGGAGAUAAAGAGGAGAUUAACACGUAAGCUGAGUCAAAGGCCUACAGUGGAAGAGCUGCGUGAAAGAAAAAUUCUCAUCCGCUUUAGUGACUACGUGGAAGUGGCAGAUGCUCAGGACUAUGACAGACGGGCAGAUAAACCAUGGACACGGCUCACGGCUGCUGACAAAGCAGCAAUUCGCAAAGAACUCAAUGAAUUUAAAAGCACUGAGAUGGAAGUUCAUGAAUUAAGCAGGCAUUUAACAAGAUUAAAGAAAGAAGCACUAUCUUCCUUCAAUAUCAUUUAG